UCUCUCCCCGCACUCUCCCUCUCAGCAAAGGACAGGAUGACAAUUUGCGGAGUUGUACUCACUGGCGUGUCGAUUAGGAGAGAAGUGUAGAAGCAGCUGAGCGUUAAGACGAGGAGAAGAAGAGUCGGUUAGCCCUCAGUGUCGGACGUGGUGAACCUUCUUAUUCUUCACUUUCUUACCAUCUCACCCAAAGUCAGGAAAGAGGAUUCCUGCGGCUGUGGCAUCGGACGGCAUCAACAUUUCCUCACCUGAAGUGUCGUUUACCUGCCGCGGCUAACGUUUCUGCCGGGGAGAGUGAAAGAAAACCACUUGACUGACUUCAAGAGCUUUGACUCAUCUGGGUGAAGGACAUUAUCCAAGUGAGAAGUGGAAACUGGGGCCAUCAGCCAUGGAGGUCACUACUUCUCGGAGGAAACUUGCUUUGCUCUCAUUCACCUUUCUGUGGGGGCUCCCAGGCAUACUGGCUCAGAUGCAGAUGCCCCAAACGAGUAUGGAUGCGAUCAAGGAUCAGAUGGUGGUGCUGAAGGCCUCGUACAUCCCAGCCCCAGGCAGUGACCUGAGCACCAAUACUGUUCUGUGGAACUUUGUCUCCAACAACAGCCAGCUGAUUAUCUCCUACACCAAAGGUACCAUAAGUGUCGGGAGCUCCCAGUUUAAGGGCCGGGUGGGGUUCAGCACUAGCAUGCCCUCACAGGAUGUAUCACUGUACAUCAACAACACGCAGGAGUCGGACUCAGGACGCUACCUCUGCCAGGUCAUUAUUCCUGGUAACUCUGGCCUCACUGGUGAGCUCAGUCUGGAUGUGAAGGUCCCUCCUUCUGUUCCUAAGUGCUCUGUAUCAGGGAAGCCUGUGCUGAAAGGAAAUGUGACUCUGAGCUGUACAUCCAGCUCUGGAAAGCCCAUUCCUCUGUACAAGUGGAGGAAAACCAGUCCCACUUCUGAGGUCUUCUUUUCACCCAUGCUUAAUGAGAAGACAGGCACUCUGAACCUGAACAACCUGAGCAGUAACAUGUCGGGGAAGUACGCGUGCACAGCCAGCAACUCAGCCGGCUCGGAGAGCUGCCUCAUCAACCUGGAGAUCGUUACCUCCACCAAUGUGGGUAUGAUCGUUGGAGCCACAGUGGGUUCAGUGGCCGGCUUCAUCUUUCUCCUCUUCAUCUGCUUUGUUUUCCUGGUGAAGAGACGGCGAGACAGUGAGGAUGACAUGGCCAAUGAAAUCAAGGAGGAUGCUCAGGCUCCAAAACGUGUAUCCUGGGCUAAGAGUGGCAUGGGUUCAGACAUCAUUUCCAAGAAUGGCACUCUGUCAUCAGUUGCCUCCAGCCCGCAUCACAAAGAGUCCUCCCACCACCACCUGCAGCAAUACCCCCAGCGCCCCCCUUCAGACACCGCUUCCAUCAUCACCGCCAUGGGCAGCACAGCUGGAUACCAACCGCCCCGCCAUCAAGGGGUCUCCACCCCGACUCAUUACAGCUACAACGCCACCGCCCUGCCGCAUGAACAGCCCAUCUCCUCUGAGGCCAGUACCAAUGGAAGCUCCCUACCCAGACCAGAGUGCUACACCCAUCUGCCCCAGGCCCAGGCACUGCCACAGGCCUACAACCAGCCUCAGGUGCAGCUCCAAGUCGCUCCCUCCCCCCAACCACUCGUCACUUCCAUUAUAACUGCCUCCAACAUCACCCGCAUGGGAGGGGUGCCCAUUAUGGUGCCUGCACAGAAUCAAGCUGGAUCUCUGGUCUAAUGCCAGCCAGCACUGGCAAAACAGUCCUGUUGACAAAAAACAGUGAAAUACUGUCCCUUUACACUCUUCACAAGGGUCAGCUGCUGAUGGUUUUUAAAGGGAACAUCUUAACUACUAUUUAGCAAAGAAUCACAGUAGAUGAAAAGAUCAAAUUCACUUAUGUUUUUGCACCAAGAAGUCUUCAUGCCAGGAUUGUCAGGCACAGACUGAUCACUUGCUUUACUUACAUCUUUUAUAUUCUAUAUGAACUGUAUAGAUUGUAUAGAUAUGAUUUUAAUACAUUUAUCUAGUAUCAUCUUUUCUAUUUUGUCAAUGCAUUUCUAAUGUUCAGAUUUAGCAUUUAAAUGUUUCAGUUUCUUCUAAAAAUCUUUUAUUUUCCUUUCUGCCAUACCUAUUUUACAGUGUGAAAAGCCAAUAAAUCAUCACAAACAAAUGAAAUAAUGGUGAAAUGACAAAGGUCUGCUCCUUUUUGUCCAUCAUCUUUACUGAACUAGCCACAGGAGGACUCAUUAAGAAUAAAGUAGUCUGUGGAGACUGAUGUAUUAAUGAGCAUAUUUGUACAGUAGACUUAUGGAACGAAAGACAAAACAAUGUUAUACUGGUUAAGUUUGGCAUUGUGAAGUAUCCUACUCCUUUUCUGGCUUAAUUUCUCCCAGUGGUUGAUCACAGAAAAUGGUCUUAGAAUUGUUUUUUCAAACAUAGAUUAGCAAAAGCUUCUUAUGAUACUCUUCAAAACUGAAGUAUGAUGGCUUCCUUCACUUGAGUUGUAAUAAUUUAAAUGUGCCGACAGCACUGAAAUUGUAUAUAUGAUAUUUAUUUUCUGUGACGUGUGUAAUAGCACAGAGUAUUGUUGGCUACAGCCUGUAUGGAGCUUAUGAUACCGGUAAUGUUUGCAACACUGGAUACUGAAGCAAAGACCGACAGUACAGUGUGUGUUGCUUCAUUAUGUUGAUGUGCUCUUGUUUUCUGAGGUCAGUGGGGGAUGAAAAUGCUUUACUCAACACAUAAUGAUUCACAGCCAUUACCUACAGCCUUUAGAUUGUUUAGACAAACCUAUUUACCCAUUCGAUUGACAGUGAAACGAUGUGAGUUCCUCUAUGUGUGCACUAAGGAAACAGGGACAGUAACAUGACAGCUGAGAUAAAGAAAAGAGACAAGGUAAUCACUACAACAAUCAGCAGUUUAACACCAAUGUUAAGGUGCCCAGUUAGUCAUUUUCUGCCAUUUCCUAUUAUGGGGAAGGAGAAGACAACGGGGAAUAUACAUUAUUCCUUCUCGAGGCUGGAGGAGUAAACUUGCUAGUUCAAAUCAAUCCACUUCACAACCAGAAUCAGAAUCAGCUUUAUUGGCCAGGUGUGUUGGACAUGAGGAAUUUAACUCUGGUACAUCGGUUCUCAAUGCGCACAUACAUAUCCCCAUGCAAGGCAAGGGGCCGAGGGGCAAUUAGACAAUAUACCAACAUAAGGCUGUGUAGUAUAACUUACUAUUUUUGUUGGCUUCAUCUUACUUAGAAAAAUAAGAACUGGAUAUUGGUUUAAAACUCAUGUUGAAAACCACAAAUGUAUUUUCUAUCAAAAAAGAGGAAAAAAAAUGCCUGCUCCUAUUUUUUCCACACAUAUUGAUAAUCAGUUUUCCUAUACAAACUUAAGCACCGAAAACCAAAUAUUAUUUUUAAUUGUGAGGUUCUUAAAACCCCAUUCUGGCCACUUUCAAGUCAAGCAAAUGCCUGUUUAAGUCAUUUAAGCAUCAUCGAGAUUCAGAAAGAAAACAAAAACCUUGUAAAUGUUGAUCUACGUAGUCAGCUCUGCUGUAUGGUCAUUACACUGGAGCAUGUGUUUAUUUAGCUUUUGUAAUGUACAUAGGAAUGGUAGCAUUUGGUAAAAACAAGAACUGAAACAUAGGAAAAUUGAUAUGGACAGAAAAUAUAAGCUUCCUUUAUAGAGCAGUUCGAAAAGUAGUCAUUUGACACAAGCUUGGCAGGAGAGUGACAGCAAAACCCACAGGCAAACAGGAUCGGUAUCUUGAAGCUGUGAUGGUUCUGUUUUGGUAUGUAUCAUUUUUAAUGUAUAAGAAUAAAAGGGGAAAAUUCAAUGUGGAAAGUUGAGGAUGUUGAGGAAAUCAUUUUGAGGAGGAGUUACUAUAGUCUGUACAGAUCUAGAGUUAAUAGACAGUGCAAUGCACACUUGUGAAAGGGUGCAUUGCAAACAUUAAAAUGUAUUCCAGACAAGUCCCUAUCUUUAUGCAGUGAUGUAUGAGAGCACAUAAGCAGAAUUAUAAACGUUGAACAGUUUACAAACUAAAGCCCAGAUGGACUGAGCUACUGUGGACAAACUGGUGGCUACACAUGCUUAAACAUUAGGCCUAAACUGUGGUUGCUGAUGUCCUGUGUGCACUUGUACCCUCUAUAUUUAUGAUGAUGUUAAAUGCUUUUUAAAAUAAAUUACAAAUGAUCAUUUGUGUAUGAGAAUGGACUUUUUUUCUGUCCAAAAUGUGCAUCUUUAAAAUAACUUGGCCUGUUUGUUCAGCUUACAGCUUGGAAGUGCUCUUGCUGGUUUUCAAAGCAGCUUCUUACUUUGGAUCUUUUCAUUUGUACCAGAAGUUCGUAUAAUCAGAAUGUGCACUGAUUAAAUCUCAAAUUCCAGUGCAGUCAUAAUGAGCUUGAGCCAGAAAUUCCAGCUCACAUUCCCUGUAAUAUUAUUUCACAAGUCAUUUGUGUAG